GAGCUGACGUGCUAGUGUUUGGGAUGGCCUGAUGCGACCAGAGCAAGCACCCAACAUCGCCUCGCAGUCCGCCGCUCUCUCGUCCCCAAACCCCGCCGCGCUCCGCCGCGGCGUCGCCCUCUUGCGCACAUGCAAUUCCCUGCCGCGCGUCAAGCCCAUCCACGCCCUCUGCAUCCGCCGCGGCGUCCCCCUCGGCCACCCGGGCCUCGCCAAGCACCUCCUCUUCGCCAUCGUCUCCCUCGCUGGCGACGACGAUGACCCCAUGCCAUACGCCAGCUCCGUCUUCGCUGGCGUUCCUGUCCCCGGCGUCUUCGCCUACAACACCAUGAUCCGCGGCUACGCCGAGAGCCCCCGCCCCCUCCCCGCCCUCGACGUCCACCGCUUCAUGCUCGCCGCCGCCGUGCCUCCCGACGGCCACACCUACCCUUUCCUCCUCAAGGCCUGCGCCAAACUCCUCUCCCUCCGUGACGGAGAGAGGGUCCACUGCCGCGCCGUCAAGGACGGCAACGACACCUCCCUCUUUGUCCGGAACACGCUCGUGCAUCUUUACUCUGUGUGUGGGGUGCUCGAGAUCGCGCACAAGAUGUUCGACGAAAUGCCACAGAGAAGCCUUGUGUCCUGGAACUCCGUCCUCAAUGGCUACGCCAUCAAUGGGAAGCCCAAUGAGGUGCUCACCCUUUUCAGGGAGAUGAUGAUAAUGACGAACCGCAAGGAUGCCCCCCAAGUCGAGCCCGACGGUUUCACCAUGGUCAGCUUGCUUUGUGCCUGCGCCGAGAUGGGCGCAUUGGGUCUUGGCCGCAGGGCCCAUGCGUACCUUUUUAAGCGUGGCCUCAACUUGGACACCCAUGUCGGGAAUGCCCUCAUUGACCUAUAUGCUAAGUGUGGGAGCGUCACAGAAGCUUACAAGGUGUUUGAUGAAAUGGACGAGAGGACUGUUGUAUCAUGGACGUCAUUAAUACAUGGCUUAGCUGUGAAUGGUUUUGGGGAGCAAUCCCUUGACCUGUUCCAUGAAAUGGAGAGGGAGAGCUUAGUGCCCACUGGGAUCACCUUGAUUGGGGUCCUUUAUGCUUGCAGCCAUUGUGGUUUGGUGGACGAAGGAUUCAAAUACUUCAACAGGAUGACCAAAGAUUAUGGCAUUGUCCCUAAGAUAGACCACCAUGGUUGCAUGGUGGAUCUUCUUGGACGAGCUGGGUUGGUGGAGCGAGCUCAUGAUUACAUCGGCAACAUGCCAGUUGAGCCUAAUGCUGUGAUCUGGAGGACCUUACUUGGAGCUUGUGCGGUGCACAAAAGCUUGGCCAUCGGGGAGGUAGCUUGGGCCAAGCUAGUUAAUAUGGAUCCUGGCCAUUGUGGGGAUUAUGUGCUCUUAUCCAACCUUUACGCUGCUGUUGGUCAGUGGGGAAGUGUUCACAAGCUGAGGAGGAGCAUGUUGGAUGGAGGGGUGAAGAAGAAGCCUGGUCAUAGCCUUGUGGAGUUGCGCAACUGUGUAUAUGAGUUUGUCUUGGGAGAUCGCUCACAUGCAGAGAGUAAUCAAAUAUAUGAUUUGCUCGAAGUCAUUGCUACGAGGUUGAGGUUGGAAGGUUAUGUGCCAUGCACAAGCAAUGUGCUGGCUGAUAUCGAAGAGGAAGAGAAGGAGACUGCUCUAAACUACCACAGUGAGAGGUUGGCAAUUGCAUUCUCUCUUCUGAAAACUGCUCCUGGAACUCCUAUAAGGAUAGUGAAGAACCUGAGGGUGUGUGCGGAUUGUCACUUAGUGACUAAGUUGAUAUCUAAGGUUUAUGAGAGGGAAAUUAUAGUCAGGGAUCGGACUAGAUUCCACCAUUUUAGAGAUGGGUUUUGUUCUUGCAAGGAUUAUUGGUGAGUUGCCAUUGAAAAUUUUUACAAUUGGAUAAUAUCAUGCUGCAAGUGCUUGAAUUUCUAGGAUCACAACAAUGGAGCAAGUUUGGGAUGGACCAACAAUGUGUAAGAGAUGGAAAUGCAAUAAACAUUCAGUCAGAUUCCAGUUUCCAGUAAAAAAACACAAAGGAUGACUUAUAUGGGGAGACUGCUAGUGGGUGAGUGACUUGCUUAUGUCAAUGUUUGGUAAUAAGAACAGAUUAACUAGAGAAUGAACGGAAUGACACUGAUUCGGCAUUGCUAUUUGGAAAAUGUUUGGUUAAUGAAAUUUGAAGAAUCCUUUUUUCAAGUCAUUUUGUGAGAUAGAUGAGUGCGAAUGAGGUGAUCUCAGUUCAAAAUAAGCUACAAAUUUAUGAAGGAUUACAGAAGGAGUACAGAUUUUAACUGGGUGAGUGAAUGACUGAGUGAUCUAUAAAUGUGAGGAAGAGAAAGCAAUUGUGGAGAAAAUGUGGAUAACUACCAUAGAAGCAAAACUAUCUUCUAUUGUAAAUGCUGCUGCACAAGGUAAAAAUGGUCCAAAGAAGAGCACAUAUUUAAGAUUAAGGAGAAUCCAAUCCUAAAUCUCUGGAUCUAGCAGGUUUUAUAUAUUAGAUUGUAGGGAGAUGCUAAACUAUUGGACAACAUUUAUUGCAAAUUGCUUGCGGUUGUGAUGGAGGAACAAGUUUGAAGCAAAACAUGAAGGGAAGACAUGGUGGUGGCUAUAGUUAUUUGCGAUUCAAAUGUGCAUAAAAGUAUAAAUAAGAUGCUUGGUUUUGUUUGAUGAAGCAUCUAUGAAACAGCAGGUACUAGGUCCCUUUGCUGGGUAUAAAUGUAGUAGCAGGGAAGUUGGAUGGAACAUAAUCAAGAAAUGAGCUUGGAUUUAGAAAUUGGUUGAUUUGCAGGUGUCCAAUGUGUCUUCAAACAAUUUACUUGCUGAAGACGUCCAUGAAUCACCAGGGGGCCAAUAGUUCUGUUUAUGUUGAUGAAGAUUCAAUUUUGCACUGGAGGAGAAUAAGAAGUCAUCUACUACACAAACAGAGAAAUCACAAUAGAGGCAACAAUAAAGCAUCAUCUAUUUCUUCUUAUAUGGCGCCCAAGUUCUUGAGCCCUAAGACAACUCCAACGCCGAUGAUGUGCCCGACAACACCGCAAGCCAAGGUAUCAGCUAAGGUGAACCCAGCAGGGUCGCCACUUUGCAGCCCAGAGUCACGCACCACCAACCUUAGGCCCGCAGUGGCCUUUCGGUUAGCCGAAGGUGCCAGCCCGAACCUCCCAGCAAACAACAUCAGGGUCGUGCUCGUCACAAUUAUCUGAAACAGAGCACAACCACCGUUUAUCACUCGUUGUGGUAGCAUAUGCAACAAUGUGUGAGACUUACCAAGUUCGUAGGUGAACCAAUGAAGCCGUCGCAGCGAGCUCCAAGCGCUCCGCCACCGUUUCCUCCUCGCUGGAAAUUUGGCGGCAUCGUCACCUGCUACAGAGGGCCUUGAGGCCACUGAACUGAGGGAGGGCGAUCAUGGUGGCAGCCGAAGAGGCGAGCUUGGUGGCCAUGGCUCGUGCUACUGCAGCAGAAACGGGUAUCGAAUUCAAGGGAUGCCUCUUCUUAUGUGAUCAAUGGAGUCGGGAAAUUAAAGAGGAGGGUUUGUGCUCUAGACUGAGGUGCUCUCUUGGAUAAUAUUUAGAUUUGGGUUAUGACGUGGCGGCUUCUGGUUAGUCUAAGCCGCUCGAGUAGAUAUUACGAGUUUACGUGGCGUCUUGGUUGGAUUUGACAGGCGAGGAUUAUGAUUAAAGUUAAGGCAUUUAGAACAACAAAUAAGUGAAUAAAUAGAUUCGAUUUUAACCUUCA